CUUCCUGUCUUUGGUGGCUUUCUUGAAGUGGCUCAGUGGUGCAUCCAGCUCCACAGUUUCUGCUCCCUCCAGCUAUGACUCACAGAGUUCUUCUGUUAACAGGCUUUCUCCUCCUUCCAGCCUUGGCCUUAUUAUGUCAUGGGUUCAACCUGGAUACUAAGCAUGCAACGCUAUUCCAAGAGAAUGCAGCGGGCUUCGGGCAAAGUGUGGUCCAGCUUGAGGGAUCCCGGUUGGUGGUUGGAGCCCCCCAGGAGAUAAAGGCUGCCAACCAAACAGGUGGCCUCUACCAGUGUGACUACAGCACGGGCAAGUGUGAGCCUAUCUCCCUGGAGGUCCCCCUGGAGGCGGUGAACAUGUCUCUGGGCCUGUCUCUGGCAUUUGCCACCAACCCUUUUCGACUGCUGGCCUGUGGUCCCACUGUGCACCAAACUUGUAAGGAGAACACCUAUGUGAAUGGCUUAUGCUUCCUGUUUGGAUCCAACCUACGGCAGCAGCCCCAGAGAUUCCCAGAGAGCCUCAGAGAGUGCCCUCGGCAAGACAGUGAUAUUGCCUUCUUGAUUGAUGGUUCUGGUAGCAUCAUCCAGAGUGACUUUCAGAAGAUGAAGGAUUUUGUCUCAACUGUGAUGGGUCAAUUCAAGAAUUCCAAAACCUUGUUUUCUUUAAUGCAGUACUCUGAAGACUUCCAGACUCAUUUCACCUUUAAUGAAUUCAAGAAAAGCCCUAACCCAUCAUUGCUGGUGAGGCCAAUAGAACAGUUGCGUGGGCGGACACACACUGCCACAGGAAUCCGCAAAGUAGUAAGAGAAUUGUUUCAGAGCAGUAGUGGAGCCCGGGAGAAAGCCUUUAAGAUCCUAGUAGUCAUCACGGAUGGAGAAAAGUUUGGCGAUCCCUUGGAGUACAAGGAUGUCAUUCCUGAAGCAGACAAAGAGGGGAUCAUUCGCUAUGUCAUUGGGGUGGGAGCUGCUUUCAACAGUCCAAAAACUCGUGAAGAGCUUAAUACCAUUGCAUCAAAGCCUUCUCGUGAUUAUGUGUUCCGGGUGAAUAACUUUGAAGCUCUGAAGACCAUUCAAAACCAGCUUCAGGAAAAGAUCUUUGCAAUUGAGGGUACUCAGACAGGAAGUACCAGCUCCUUUGAACAUGAGAUGUCUCAGGAAGGCUUCAGUGCUGCCAUCACCUCUAAUGAUCUCUUGCUAGGUGCUGUGGGAAGCUUUGACUGGGCUGGUGGAGCUUUUCUGUAUGUGUCAAAGGACAAAUUCACCUUCAUCAACACAACCAGGGUAGAUUCAGACAUGAAUGAUGCUUACUUGGGUUAUGCUGCCGAAGUCAUAUGGAGGAGCAGGGUGCAAAAUCUGGUUCUUGGGGCACCUCGAUAUCAGCACACUGGCCUGGUGGUGAUGUUUAGAGAGAAUGCUGGUACCUGGGAGACCAACACUGUUAUCAAGGGUAGCCAGAUUGGCUCCUACUUUGGGGCCUCCCUCUGCUCUGUGGACAUGGACAAAGAUGGCAGCUCUGACCUGGUCCUUAUUGGGGCCCCCCAUUACUACGAGCCGACAAGGGGGGGCCAGGUGUCUGUGUGCCCCUUGCCUCGGGGGCAGAGGGCUAGAUGGCAAUGUGAGACUGUUCUCCAUGGGGUGCAGGGCCACCCCUGGGGCCGCUUUGGGGCAGCCCUGACAGCGCUGGGAGAUGUGAAUGGAGACAAGCUGACAGAUGUGGCCAUUGGGGCCCCAGGAGAGCAGGAGAACCGGGGUGCUGUUUACCUAUUUCAUGGAACCUCAAGACCGGGCAUUAGCCCUUCCCACAGCCAGCGGAUUGAAGGCUCCCAGCUCUCCCCCACACUACAAUAUUUUGGUCAGUCACUGAGUGGGGGCCAGGACCUCACAAUGGAUGGACUGGUGGACCUGGCUAUAGGAGCCCAAGGCCAUGUACUGCUGCUUAGAUCCCAGCCUGUGCUGAGACUUGAGGUGACCAUGGAGUUCACACCCAAAGAAGUGGCAAGGAAUGUGUUUGAAUGUCUUGCAAAGGUGGUGAAAGGUCAGACUGCUGGGGAGGUUAGAGUUUGCCUUCGUGUCCGCAAGAAUACACGGGACAGGCUAAGAGAAGGAGAGAUUCAGAGCAACAUCACAUAUGACUUGGCUCUGGAGCCAACUCUCCCACAUCCCCGAGUUGUCUUUGAUGAGACAAAGAACAGCACACGCAGACAGACAAGAAUCUUGAGGCUGAAUCAAGAAUGUGAGACCCUAAAGCUACUGUUACCGUAUUGUGUGGAGGAUUCAGUGAACCCCAUCAUCCUGCACUUCAACUUCUCUCUGGUGGGGAAACCCUUGUCCUUAUUCGGGAACCUCCAGCCAGUGCUGGCUGUGGAUGCACAGAGACUCUUCACAGCUUCGUUUCCUUUUGAGCAGAAUUGUGGCAGUGACAACAUUUGCCAUGAUGACCUCAGCAUCACCUUCACUUUUAUGGGUCUGGAUACCCUGGUGGUGGGUGGUCCCCGAGACCUGAAUGUGACAUUGACUGUGAGAAACCAGGGCGAGGACUCCUACAGGACUCAAGUUACCUUCUUCUACCCACCUGGCCUGUCCUAUAGGAGGAUGUCAGUGACCCAGAAGCAGCGCUCACAGCGACCAUGGCGCCUGACUUGUGAGUCUGAAGACUCCACCAAUGGGCCCGAGGCUUUGAAGAAUAGCAGCUGCAACAUAAGCCACCCCAUCUUCCCAAACUACUCAGAGAUCACCUUUAAUAUCACAUUUGGUGUGGAAUCUGAUGCUUUCUUUGGAAACAGACUACUACUCAAGGCCAAUGUGACCAGUGAGAACAACACAACUAAGACCAACAAAACUGAAUUCCAACUGGAGUUGCCUGUGAAAUACACUGUCUUCGUGGUGGUCACAAGCCAUGAAGUCUCCACCAAAUAUCUCAGCUUCAUAGCCUCAGAGAAGACCAGCCACAGUAUAAAGCACCAGUAUGAGGUCAACAACUUGGGACAGAGGAGCCUCCCCAUCAUUGUGGUCUUCUGGGUGCCUAUCAAGCUGAACCAGGUGGCUGUGUGGGACAACCUCCAGGUCACCCUUUCCCAGAACCUCUCCAGAACAUGCAACACCACGGAGAAUUCUCCCCCUCUCUCUGACUUCAUGGCAGAGCUUAAGAGGGCCCCAGUGGUGAACUGCUCCAUUGCUGUCUGCCAGAGAAUCCAGUGUGACAUCCCAUCCUUCAGCAUCCAGGAAAAAGUCAACAUUACCCUCCAAGGCAAACUCUCAUUUGACUGGUAUAUCAAGACUUCAGCAAACUACCUUCAGGUUGUGACCACGGCAGAGGUCUUGUAUGAUGAUUCGAAGUUUGCCCUGCUUCCAGGACAGGAGGCAUUUCUGAGGGCCCAGAUAGAAACCAAAGUGGAGCCAAAUGAAGUGCACAACCCUGUACCACUUAUAGUGGGCAGCUCAGUGGGGGGGCUGGUGCUUCUGGCCCUCAUCACCGCUGGACUGUACAAGCUUGGCUUCUUCAAACGGCAGUACAAGGACAUGAUGAGUGAAGCUGGUCCCAAUGCCCAGCCCCAGUAACAGCUCCUUCCCCGUUGAGUGGCCUCUCCUGCAGCAAGUAGGAUUCUGAAGUGAUGGCAGAUUUUGUGGGUGAAGAUAAAGGGAAAUGUAACAGAUCCUGUUCCUGCUGAAGGAAGCAAGACCUUCUUUCAUGGGUGAGGACACAUAUCUGCAAGAUGCUUUGCAGCUGGAUCAAGACCACAUGGAGGAGCUGUGAUGGAGCCAGGAUCUGAUUAGCCACCAGGAGCCUGUCCACUCAUUCCAUUCCAUACUAGAGCUACAUAAGGUCCAAUGAGCAAUGGUGCACCUCCUUUUAUGUAUGCAUUUACUUAUUAUUUUAAUAUUACCUUUAUUUUUUGGAAGGGUAAACCCAUCGAUAGAACAAAAAUCAAAAGUUGUCCAAGCAUGAAUGAUGAAAAAUUUCCCUUCCAUCCUGGUCCCCCUAGCCAUUCAAGUCAUUCCUAAGGGGUUAUAAGGUUAUGUGUUUUGGGGUCUUCUUCACAAAGAUUUUAAGCAUAUGCAAACACACACACAUAAGCUUUUUUACACAAAUGGUAAUAGGUGUUAUUUAUACUGUUUUGCAUCUUGCUUUAUUCAUCAAUAUGGCUUAGAUGUUUUAUAUCAAGACAAAGUAUUUUUUUUUUCAUUCUUUUAUACAGCUAUGUAGUAUCCCAUUGUAUGGAAAGAUCAUGAUGUAUUUAACCAGUUUCUUUUCGGUAUAUUAUUUCCAACCUCUUGUAACUACAAACAAUGAUGAAUUAAUAAAUUGAAUAUAUGUAA